AUGGCCAAAGCAAAAACCAUCACUAUUGAUAACUUGCAAUCCCUUAAUCAGGAUUCUAAAAGUGUAGUUUGGAAAGAUUUAGGUACUUUCCUUGAUAAAAAGAUUAUUAUCGAACCAAGUGAAUCCACAAGCAACUUACCAAAAUUAAAUAGCAUCGUUAAGUAUAAGAUCUGUAAAACUUGUAAUAGACCUAUCGGAGUUCAAAGUUUAGAGAAUCAUAUCAAAAUCUGUAAAAUGAGACCAAAGAAGAAUACAUCCAACAACAGUUAUUUGAACGAAGACGAUGUACCCUUAAGGAAAAGAAAGAAUAAAGUUGAAGUUGAGCAAUCAUCAGUUGAUAGUUCAAGAAAUAAUACCCCAGCACCACCAACUCCAAAUGCCAAACCUAAGAAAAAAUAUAAAAAAUCACAAACACAAAAGGAGAAAGAAGCAGCCAAUGCAGCAGCCGCUGCUGCUGCCGCUGCUAGUGGUAGUGAUAGAGGACCCAAGAAGAAAAAAUUACCUAGUAAAUCUAAACAAGUAGGUAAAACUAAGGGCCCAGUUGAUGUUGAGAAACAAUGUGGGGUGGCUUUGCCUAAUGGAGGUUUCUGUGCGAGAUCUUUAACUUGUAAAACCCAUUCUAUGGGUGCUAAGAGAGCAGUUCCUGGUAGAAGUGCUCCUUACGAUGUGUUGUUACAACAAUAUCAAAAACGUAAUCAAGCUAAGAUCGCUGCUAAUAGUGCGUUAGCUAUACAAAAGAAAGAAAACGAACAAUUAAAUGGAGAGAAUGAAUUUUCUUCAUCAAGAAUUUUAGAUCCUGAUGAAGAAACUUAUCUUGUAUUAGAAGGAUUGAGUAAAAAUCAACCAAUACCGUUAGAAAGGAAAGUAAUAUUACCAACUAGAAAUCGUCAUAGAUUUUUAUAUAUGAGAGAAUCUUAUGCUAAUGCAUUAAUUAUUAAUGGGUCAUCAUCAUCAAAUAAUCAGCCUAAUAAUCAAUCUAAUGAUCAAACAUUAGCUAAUCAAGCCAUCUCGGGUUCAAUUGGUGGUUUACAAGGAAGAACAGCAUUAGUUAAUGUAGAUUCCAAGAGAAUCGAAAACGAUGCUUUAACUCAAUCAUUAGCUAAUAUUUCUGGUGAAAUGUAUCAAGUCAGAGCACCAUCGAAAGAGAUUUUGGUGACAGCUCAACAUAAUGCAGCACAACAACAAAUGUUCCAACAACAAAUUAUGAAGAUGAGACAACAAGAAAUGUUGAAACAAAAGGAAUUACAGAAACGAGCUAUUCCAGUUAAGGAUAAAUAA